AUGGUGCAAGAUGAGUUGAGAUAUGACAGAAUAGAAAUGCAUGAAGAGCAUACAAAAUUUAUUUCCAAUCUAACAACAGAACAACAUGUUGUUUAUAGCACAAUAAUUAGUGCUAUAGACGCAAAUUUAGGUGGCAUUUUCUUCGUUUACGGUUAUGGAGGGACUGGAAAGACAUUUGUCUGGAGAACAUUGUCAGCAGCAUUAAGGUCAAAAGGAGAUAUAGUACUCAACGUUGCUUCAAGUGGUAUAGCUCCGUUACUACUACCUGGUGGCAUAACUGCUCAUUCAAGGUUUGCAAUACCACUAAAUCCAAAUGAUGAUUCUACAUAUCCCAUUAAAGCAAUUGUGGAAAGCACGUAUCCAUCAUUCUCAAGUAUAAUUGAUGAUCCAUCGUACUUACAAAAAAGGGCGAUAUUGGCACCAACACUUGACGUGGUACAUUCUAUAAAUGAAUAUAUGAGUUCUUUAAACACGUCUGAUGGAAUUACAUAUUUGAGUUGUGAUAGUAAUUGCAAAUCUGAUUCUAAUGUUGAUAUGUUAGCUGAUGUUCACACUCCAGAAUUUUUAAAUGGAAUCAACUGUUCAGGUGUACCCAAUCAUGCAUUGACAUUGAAAGUUGGCACUCCAGUUAUGCUAUUAAGAAAUAUUGACCACUCAAUUGGUUUAUGUAAUGGCACAAGAAUGGUAAUUACUAAACUUGGAAACCAUGUUCUAGAAGCAAGGAUAUUGUCCGGAAGCAGUGCAGGUGAGAAAGUACUCAUACCAAGAAUGUCACUUACUCCAUCAGACUUGAGGUUGCCGUUUAAAUUUCAAAGAAGACAAUUUCCAUUAAUUGUCUCAUAUGCAAUGACAAUUAAUAAGAGUCAAGGACAAUCGCUUUCUCAUGUAGGCCUAUUCUUGAAAAAACCUGUCUUUAGUCAUGGACAAUUAUAUGUUGCAGUUUCUAGGGUCACUACUCCAGAAGGGCUAAAAAUAUUGAUUUGUGACAGUGAAAGCACCAGAAAAACUUCAACAGCAAACAUUGUAUACAAGGAAGUUUUUCAGAAUUUGUAA